AUGGCCAAGGUAGGGAUGCCACCGAGCGCGCUCCUCGCGCCGCCGCCACGCCCCUCGUCUGCAGCACUGCGGAGCGUGUUUGAUGCGCGGCCGCGCGGGUGCACCGUCGUGGUGCCGCUCCCGUCUGGAGUUGCGGAACCAGAACCUCCCCGCGGUUCGCCCGGCGGCGGCACGGCUCCCCCGCUCCGCUUCUCCCCGGCGCGGCGGAGGUGGCCGGCGAGCUCAGAGGGGCUGAGGUCCGCGCGAUCGGCGCGGCGCAGCGGAGCGGAGGUGCCUGGCCCCGCGCAGGCGGCGCCCCCCUGCUCAGCGCGGCCGCGGCGUCGGGCCCCUCCUGGCGGCUCGUGGUCCGGCCGCAGCACGUGGUCCGCGCAUGCUCCCGCGUCGGCCAUGGCGAGAGCGAGGGGCGGCGGCAAGUGCGCCGAGCUCCUUCCAUGGCCGGCCGGCCUGGUUCUUGCUGCAGCUGGUUCUUGCUGUGAGUCCGCGCCUAGGCUCCUGGGCACUCGCACGCGCACUGCAGGCACCGCUCGCCACAAGGGAGCUGCCGAGGGCGCCGCUGCAGCUGCGUACUGUGCGCCGCGGGCAGGCAGGGCAGGGCGCUGA